UUCAGUGCAUAGGAAAUAUUAAAUUUUAAGUUCACUUUUUUUUGCCUUGUUUUUGUGCUUGUGUCAUGUCGCCGCCUUGCCAUCCAUACAACACAUCAUCUAGAUUCGAGAUGACUAUUUAUACGCACGCGCCCCUUUUUUUGUCCCGAGGGCCGUUGUCACAUGCAACUCCGAUGGCGGUUACCUUUUUUGGCGCACUUAUGCAACUUAUGCAAGUAAGUUGAUGUUUCUUUGGAGUGCCAUAAGUGGACUUAAUUACAUAUUAUUGUACAUAUGUACAUACUUACUACACCCAGUACCAGUCGUGGACCCAAUUCCCACUGGCCAGGAAACGAUCCACUUUGAUGUCUAGUCUUUAGGCUGAUUGACUGAUGGCCCGAAAGGAAGUCGCGCCAAAGACUACUUCAAUUUAGAAAUUCGAAUAUAUUCAAAUGGGGGGAAUUGGCAGUCAUUCUGCCCGAUUUCAGAGUGGAAUGAAUGACGGUCUAAGCAGCCAAGGGUUCAGCAACAUUUGGCGGCGGAACGGGCGGCAGUGUCGGCGACGGCUUUAAAUAAAUCAGCCGUAAAGACAAGACAAACAAGAAAGGAAGUCCAAAGACGAAUUCCGAAGCUGUUGAUACUCUUACAUAUAUAAACUCGCAAUGUCAGCUAUAAGAUAUAUGUAGUGCCUUUAAACCUUCAACAGACAGAUAGGCAUAACUGUAUUGACAUGAUGUGCUAUAUUGAUCAAGAUAUACCAUAAUUUAUGAUUUCAUCUCUUUGUGGCAAAUAUCUGCUCAAAACCACAAUACCCUCACCAAGCGAAUAUCAAGAGAAGGGGAAACAGACUACCCAGAGCAGAAAUGGAGGGAAUAAGUUGGAAAAGAAUGGUGGCCUUUGUUGCUGGUAGCAGCUACACCCACACCCACCCAUCCACACCGCAGCUAAAGCCAAAACUGGAGUGCAACUAUUUUUAAUUCCAUGCAAAAUGUGCACGGCAACAUGUUGCCGGCACGUCGCACAGUGGAUAUCAGGUGGCCAAAAUCAAAAAUCCUAUGAGCGGCUUGGAUAAUACGAAUAAUAUUCAGAUUCACGCAUAUGAUAAAUCUUUCAGAGAUUUUAAAAAUUCAAAUUUCCAGAAAAUUUAAUUUAGGUAAUAUGGACACUUAAAGUUCACCAAUCUACGAUUUGUGUUUUAGAGCGACAUAUGUACGUAUUUAUGUGUCGCAACUACGAAGGAAAAACAUCCAAAAUAGCCCCGCCAUAAGUAUGGUCCACAGUAUGAUUUUUAACGCCAAAAGGUCCAAAGGCCCACUGUGCGGGCAGCUUGUUGCUUGCGAGAGCUUAAUGUUGCUGGCGGGCUGGCGGCGAUGUUGCUGCCGCUCAAAAUUGAACCAGACGCCGGCGCAAGAAUAAGUCCAAUUGGAAAGAGCGAAACGGUGCGGAGCUCGGAAAAUGUGAAAUGUGUUUAAAAAUAACGAAGUAUCGGGAAGGUGAAUAAUCAUCAGAGACGCGCGUACUCCAAAUUUUGAGCAAGAUGAGCAAGAAAAUGUGGAACAAGAUCUUUAAAUCAAAGUCGCAGAAGCCUCAGCCACUGGCCAAAAUCAAUAAGCGGCACAGUAGGGGCAUCUACGAGGAGUACCAGCAACUCAACGAUUUGCUGGUCAGCGAAAAAGCUCAACUGAAUUUCUGCAAUCAAAGGGAAAACGAAAACGAAAAUGGAAAUGGUUGUGGAAAUGGCAGCAUUAACGUAUUUGAACAGCAGCCGCUGAAGAGUUCUUUCAACUCGUUGCAGCUUAUUGAGGCGCAACAAUCACUGCCGCAACAGCAGCAUCAGCAGCAACAGCUGUCCACAUUUUCGCGCGUCCGCAAUACGUUUUCCCUCAAACGCAACAGCAACGGCAGCAGCAGCAGCAGCAAUAAAGGCAAGAAAAAUCUGCCCAAUGCCAAGUCAACCACAUUCAACACGGAGGCCGAGUUGGAAGCGCCCGAAUGCGGGCAGGAAGAGGAGCCCUCUUCGCCGCCGCUCACCCGAUGACUGCCGCUGCCCGUGCCCGAGAUAG